AGCGGGAGCAGCUUCCACGUGUUUGACCAGGGCCAGUUCUCCAAGGAGGUGCUGCCCAAGUACUUCAAACACAACAACAUGGCCAGCUUUGUGAGGCAGCUGAAUAUGUACGGUUUCAGGAAGGUUGUGCACAUCGAGCAGGGGGGGCUGGUGAAGCCGGACAAGGACGACACCGAAUUCCAGCACCCGUUCUUCCUGCGGGGGCAGGAGCAGCUGCUGGAGAACAUCAAGAGGAAAGUCACCAGUGUGUCGUCGCUGAAGGGCGAGGAGGUGCGGGUGAGGCAGGACAGCGUGGCCCGGCUGCUGGCGGACAUGCAGGCCAUGAGGGGCAAACAGGACAGCCUGGACUCACGGCUGCUGGCCAUGAAACAUGAGAACGAGGCGCUGUGGCGGGAGGUGGCCAGCCUGCGCCAGAAGCACGCCCAGCAGCAGAAGGUGGUCAACAAGCUGAUCCAGUUCCUGAUCUCCCUGGUCCAAUCCAACCGGAUCCUGGGUGUCAAGAGGAAAAUCCCCCUGAUGCUGAACGACGGCGCAGCCGCACAUUCCAUGCCCAAGUACAGCCGGCAAUUCUCCCUUGAGCACCACGGGAACGCCAACUAUGCCGCCCCGGCCCCGGCGCUGUCGGGCCCCGCGCUGCUGGCGGCCGAUGCCGGCCCCAACUGCGGCCCCAUCAUCUCGGACGUGACCGAGCUGCCCCCGUCCAGCCCCGAGGCCUCCCCGGGAGGGAGCCUGGACGGAAGGAGCAGCCCGGGGAUCCGGAUCAAGGAGGAGCCUCCCAGCCCCACCCGGAGCCCGCAGGUGGAGGAGCCCAAGAGCGCCGGCAAUUCCGGGAAUUCUGGGAAUUCCGGGAAUUCCGAGACCCCCCUGUCCCCGUCCACCUUCAUCGACUCCAUCCUGCGGGAAAACGACUCCGGAGCCGCUCCCGGCAAUCCCCAGGGCCAGGAAAAGUGCCUGAGCGUGGCCUGCCUCGACAAGUCGGAGCUGAACGAGCACCUGGACACGAUCGACUCCAGCCUGGACAAUCUGCAGGCGCUGCUCAGCACCCACGGCUUCAGCAUGGACAGCGCCCUGCUCGACCUCUUCAGCCCCUCGGUGGCGGUGCCGGACGUGACCCUGCCCGACCUGGACAGCAGCCUGGCCAGCAUCCAGGAUCUCCUCUCGAACCAGGAGCAGCAGAAACCGACGGAGACCGAGCCCGGGGCCGGGGACUCCGGGAAGCAGCUGGUUCCCUGCACCGUCCAGCCGCUGUUCCUGGUGGAUUCCAGCGCCGUCGACGUCGGCUCCGGGGAUCUCCCGAUAUUUUUCGAGCUGGGGGAGGGCCCCCCGUGCUUCCCGGACGGGGACGAGUACCCCGAGGAGUACCCGGAGGAGUACCCGGAGGAGUACCCCGAGGAGUACCCCGAGGAGUACCCCGAGGAUCCCGCGCUGCUCCCGCCCACGCCCAAGGACCCGGCCGUGUCCUAAGGCCGGCACCGGGCUCAGGGACAGCGUCCCAAAAACAAAAACAACAAAAAAAC